UUGGCGUGUACUAUGGUGAAAUCAUGUACUUUUAUUGCCUUAUCUCUUAUUAGCAAAUUGUUGGACAAGUUUUCAUUUGCUAAAACUGACGUUAGCAAACACUUGCUUUGCUCCUCGUUGCAGUAGAUGCUGUCAUGGCUGAUGAAUGAUAUGUCUGCCACCUCGUAUAAAAGGGCAACACCGCUAAAAUUCAGCCACCGGUAGUUCUCUCUGAGCUUGUAAGACAGGUUGGGAGAUCAAAAUUCCUUUGUCCAAAGACGACUUUUUAUCUUCGGUCUCGAUCUGCACAAGGCAUAAAAGAACUAACCCGGCAAUGGAUAGUUGGAGUUGGAAUAUUAAUUCAACAAAUCUCGCAAGUGAUAUCUCUUCAAUUCCAUCAUGUUUAUGGAGCAACCUGUACGACACUUUUUCCGAAUCCAAUGAAGAUUACAGCAAUAUCAGUGAGAAGGUUGAACAAGAUCAAGCUUUAUUCACUUCAGGCUUGGAGCUCCAAGGGCUUCAGACUAGCGAAAUGAGUUCAAAUUUUGAUGGAGUAAAUGAGUUGGUGGAAAUGCUAGCUCCUGCUUUGGACUCGAUAAACAAUAAUUUGGAUCUGGAAUUCUUGCAGCGCCAACAAGUGAUAAGGUUGGCGGCCAAUUCUGUUCUUGAGAAAUCAAGAAUAUUUGGUGCCACUUGGGGAGAUGCUUUAUCUUCUCAAUUAUGUUCCCUUCCUCCCAUCACCGAGUCCAAGGCCGCCGAUCCAUUCGAUAGCCUGACUGAAACUAUCGGCUCAUCCGAGGAAUUACGGGUCUUGAGCGACCUUACAAACGACGAAUGCGGCCUCUCAGCAAUCUUUUCAAGCAGUGAGAACAUUCAUAAUUUGAGUUACAGUGGCAAUAUUUCUUCAGGUGAGUCUGAAAUCCAUGGCUCUUUCGAUCACCAUCGGUCGAAUCGGGGCGAGGUGGCCUCAGUCUCACAAGCCUCUUCAAAUCCACAUCAGGCUCAGCUUAGCUUCUCAAACCCAGACCAAACUCAGGCUGAACAAGCCAAAGAUAAGCCCAUCAUCACCAAGAGAAAAAUGGAGGAAGCAGGCAUUCAGAUUAGCUUCAGAAAUGAUCCCAGACCGAAGAAAUCGAGAUCUGAGAAGCAGCCGAGGUCUUCGAGCAUCAACUUCGGUCAUGAGAGCGGCUACGAGCCUGACACCGAGGCAAUAGCACAAGUGAAAGAAAUGAUUUAUAGAGCUGCAGCUUUAAGGCCUGUGAACCUUGGAGUGGAGGCAGUAGAGAAGCCGAAGAGAAAGAAUGUGAGGAUCUCCAGUGAUCCCCAGACCGUGGCAGCCAGGCUUAGAAGAGAGAGGAUCAGUGAGAAGCUAAGGGUGCUACAAAGUCUAGUCCCUGGGGGAAGCAAGAUGGACACCGCCUCCAUGCUUGAUGAGGCUGCCAGCUAUCUCAAGUUCCUCAAGUCUCAAGUUAAGUUCUUGGAAACCCAGGGUAGUAGAUUUGACACCAUGAGCAGUGCCACACUUCCCUUUCCAGCACCUUUCAACCAAACUUUUUCCGUGCACUCUCUUCCCCCACCCUAAACCCUAACCCAAAAGGUUAAGGAAAACUAGUCGCAGAAAACCCAGAAUUCGAAUUGUUCUCUGCAUCAGUGGCUUGCGGUCUAGGGAUGUUAUUAGCUCCUUUUCCUUCACUCGGUCAUACUUUUUCCUAACCAAAAUCCUAAUUCCAAACACCAAGAGGAUAGAAGGUUUACCUUUUUGAUGAAAUGGUAGUGCUGUUCCUCCCCUCUUUUUUUUAUCCUAAGCCACCUUUUUACUCCGUCCAUAAAGCAACCCUGGUCCAAUCCCAUUAUCAUUCUCUUCAUCAUUAACUUUAAGCCCUCAGUUAAAGGCCCUGGUCUUUUCUACGAAGAGACCUUUCCCAUGCAAACCCUAACCCCAGACACCAAUAUCAUAGCCAUCAUGAUUACUUCCUUUAUGUGUUUAAGAGAACAUGGCAAUGCCCUCGAAUCCUCAU